AUGACGAUAAUAGAAGAUAUUUUUAAUAUGAGCUCCGAAAUGGAGUACGAUUAUGAAUAUGACUAUGUGCCGGUUGCUGAAAGAGUUGAGACUUAUAUCAUACCCGUAAUAUUUUUAUUAAUUUUGAUUGUGGGUGUAAUAGGAAAUGGUAUUUUAAUUCUUAUUUUGUUACGUCAUACCAGCAUGAGAAAUAUACCAAAUACAUACGUGAUGUCUUUAGCUCUGGGCGAUUUAUUGGUGAUUAUGACUUACAUACCUUUCACAUUAUUUGUUUAUGUACUUGAUUCAUGGCCAUGGGGCUUAACUAUCUGCAAAUUAUCUGAAUACGCUAAGGAUAUUUCGAUUGGUGUAUCGGUAUUUACUUUAGCCGCUUUAUCAGCCGAAAGAUAUUGCGCCAUCGUAAACCCUAUUCGUCGCCACGUGGCGGGUUUAAGCGCAAAACCACUUACCGUUUUAACGGCAUUCCUUAUUUGGGUCUUAGCGAUUGUCAUAGCUAUGCCCGCCGUGCUCUUCUCCGAAGUAACGUCUGUACCUGUAUUAGGAAAUCGUAGCAUUUUAAUCUGCAAUCCUUUCCCUAAAGAAUUUGGUAAAUUUAAUAAAUAUUUAUGUUGCUGUCUACCUGGUGGUUCCACUGUCUGCGGUAGAAGUAGAACGGAAAGCAGUAUUACGCAGGAAAAUAUUUUUUUACAAAAAAGUCGAUGCAUUAACGAGACCAACGCUUCCACGGCUCGAAGACGAACACAAGAGUUUAAUUCAACCGGGGUAUUUGAAAUGGGCAGUGUAGAAACUAAGCCUCCCGUGGUGGCCGAAAAUCGAUCUCAUGGACAAACGCUGAGCCAGAUCAUAAUGAAGAGAUACUCGUCGGCACCUUGUUUAGAAGACAUUGGCAGUGACUCUAAAAGAAUAAAAAACACUGAACAAUACGCGGAUCCAAAUACAAGAGAAUAUCUCCAGUUGGCUUUAGCCAGAGUCCUAGAAUUACAACGAGAGAUCAGUGAAGGCACAUACGUCGCAGAAAUCGAUGAUGGUAGCGAUCUGAGUAAUGCAAAAUUUUUCCUGUUGUUUUCAAAUCUUUUUUCAAACGCAUCCGGCAGUGAGGAAGACCUAACAAAAGAAAUUCUUACUAAAGUGUUUCACGAUCUACCUGGGACACCCAGUUCUCUCGCUAAAAUAAUAGAUCGAGAAACGCGCUGGAAAAAUCACCGCAUAGAUGCCAUUCAUAGUAAAAGAAUACAAUUACUAGGUUUCGAUACUUGUCGAAGAAUGGCCCUUGAAUUCAUGGGAACCAUCAUACGGGAAUCGCGAAAUAAGUCCUGCUCAUUAAAUAUGAUCGGACUCGACAAUUUUUCACAAAACGAAUCAUUGCAUUUCAAAGAUGCAAUUCUAGCUAAUGAUUUUCGUAAACGGGAGUCCAACACGCAUGAAAUUCAAGCGAGAAUGUUGAAAAGUUUGGAUUUGCAUUUGGCUGCUAAACAAAGAGACUAUACGUCAAAAUUAAUGAAAUCGGGUAUUUAGUACGACACCUUUGAAUGGGAAUAGGUUGAGUGAGGAAAAUUCCCGAAUUCAAUAUAUUCUUCAAUAUAUGGCGCAUUAUUGGAAUUAAUAUAAAUGAAAGUCCAGGGUAUAUAUGUUCGUAUGAU